UGUAGUGCGCUCUGCAAACACGUGGCGCCACCUUUUACGCUUCAUUCACGCUGGCGAUCUGACGGUCUUCGUCGCGAGCACCAGAUAUCAAAAUGAAGAUAAUCAUCCAAUGCCAGGAGAGUCACGCCGUUGAGGUAACCGGCGAGGAGACAGUUUCCUUUCUCAAGAACUACCUCCACACAGCUGAGGGUAUUGUGCCCGAGGACCAGCGGCUAUACGCUGAAGGAGGCAAGCCACUGAACGAUGGGGACCUGUUGUCCGCCUGCUUGACCGAUGGCUCACUCGUCAACGCCGUUGUGCCCCUGGUCGGAGGCAAAGUCCACGGCUCCCUGGCUCGUGCUGGAAAGGUCAAGGGACAGACGCCAAAGGUGGAGAAGCAGGAAAAGAAAAAGAAGAAGACUGGCCGAGCCAAGAGGCGCAUUCAAUACAACAGGCGCUUUGUGAACGCCGUGGCCACCUUUGGACGCAGGAGGGGACCCAACGCCAACCAGGCUUCAUAGACUAUGUGGAGCACAAAAGCUCUAAAAUUAAAAAAAAUGUUCUUACUAAAA